AUGUCAGAUCUGGAGAAUUACUUCAAAAACAGCGAGGAGCCCAUGGAGCCGCAGCACGAGGCCGACUUAUCCCAGUACGGAGCGGGGAACCUGUCCCGUGUCACUCCCAACACGUCUCUGGGAUACAUCCAGGCCACGCCUUCACGCGCACUGCCGUCCCCCACCGUCAACACCAGAGAAGCUCUGGAUGUGAUCAUGGACAUGUUCCAGGCUCCUACUCUUCUAGAAGACCCGUUUCCCAACACUGCAGAGGGCAACUUUGACAUCAUUUACACCAGAAAGGGUCCCAGUGUGAAAGAAGCAGCAGCAACUUCAGCCCCGUUCACAAUCUUCCAAGACGACCAGGAGAACGACCAGGAGAACGACCAGGAGAACGACCAGGAGAACGACCAGGAGAACGACCAGGAGAACGACCAGGAGAACAUCAGCGUGCCGCCGGCUGUAGAGGGCAUGAAGCCGUUCAGAGCGCUGGUGGAACUCCCAAAACCAAACGACUUUCCCUCAGAUCUGGCCCCAGAGGAGAGCACUCUGUGGGGAGCCCAGUUCCUGGCUCAGCACUCUCUGGCUGCGUGUCCCAACAGCACGUCCGACUUUGCCAUGUUGGCCCACUGUGUGUCCACGCCGUUCACCCACAAAACUCCAAUGAGCAACAACUUCUUCCCUGACCAAGAAAUUACCGAAGGGACCGAGGAAGAGUAUGUCAGGCGCUACACCAAGAAGUUGAGUCCCAUCAUUGAACAAAGCCCAUCUGAGGAAAAGCCCAGAGAUGCCACAGUUGCCUCCACACAGGGCACUUUUGUGGGGGAGGCUGCGGCCAUGACCACCUCCUGUACCACCAUGGUCCAGCCGCCUCCCCCCACAGUCCUGUCCUUCAGAGACCACACCCUCUGUCCUGGUAACAGCUCUGCCCACAGGAGCACCGGGCCUGAGUGGGAGGUCUACACCAGCCCUGAGCCCAAGCCCAGCACUGAGCCUUUCACCAUAAUGGAAGACAUAGAUGCUCCAUCUGCUGUCCCCCUCCCUCCUCAGGACGUCCCCAUGAGUCCUGAGAGUGGCCCCCGGUCAGACUGGCUCUCCAUCCACAGCCCUGAGAUGUUGGCGGAGAGGGACCUGGAUGCCUUCCUGUCCCCCAAACGUCCUGGAGUGACUGACCUGAGCCCAGAUGUACCCAUGAGUCCCCAAGUGGAGACUGACACAGACUGCUACAUGCAGAGCCCUGACAGAGACAUGCGGCUUCCAUUAGAACUGUCAAGCAGGACCCCUAGAGCUCCCCUAGAGCUGUCCAUGAGCAGGGCCCCCAGAGCUCCCCUAGAGCUCUCCAUGAGGACUCCCAGAGCUCCCCUUGAGCUGUCCACGAGGACCCCCAGAGCUCCCCUAGAGUUGUCCAUGAGCAGGACCCCCAGAGCUCCCCUAGAGCUGUCCAUGAGCAGGACCCCCAGAGCUCCCCUAGAGCUGUCCAUGAGCAGGACCCCCAGAGCUCCGCUAGAGCUGUCCAUGAGCAGGACCCCUUGGCGAGGAGCCUCUCAGAUGAGUCUAGUCUCUGAUCCAUGGAACAAUGAUCUGAUUUCAGAUCUGUUGUCCCAAAUUGAGCCUCCUCUGACAGCACACCCUCGCUGUGUCACAUGGCAGUGCAACAUCCCCGACAUCGCUCCCAUGAUGACACUCUCUAUGGGUCAUUCUUCUCUGCGGGUCGAUUGUGUUCUUGGACAAGGAGCUUUUGCAAAAGUCUUUCAGGCCACAGACCCAGCAACGUCUGACAAGAUGGUUUUGAAGGUGCAGAAACCAGCCAAUCCGUGGGAGUUUUACAUAAACUCGCAGCUGGACUGUCGUGUGCCUCCGUCAGUGCGGCACUUCUACAGCACUUUCCACUCGGCUCAUCUGUUUAAGAACGGCAGCGUCCUCCUCGGAGAGCUGCACAGCUACGGCACACUCCUGAACGCAGUCAACUUGUACCGCACUCUGGGAGACAAGGUGAUGCCGCAGCCUCUGGUCUUGUACUUUGCGGCUUGCAUCCUUCACAUCGUGGAGCAGCUGCACAGUGUGGGCAUUGUCCACGCUGACGUCAAACCAGACAACUUCCUGCUCGGAGAGAGGUUCCUGGAGAUCCGAGGCUUUGACAAGGACGACCUGGACCACGGCCUGGUGCUCAUAGACUUGGGUCAGAGCAUCGAUAUGAAGCUGUUUCCUCCAGACACGGCCUUCACCGCCAAAUGCCUUACGUCCGGCUUCCAGUGCACCGAGAUGCAGACGGGCCGGCCGUGGAACUACCAGACGGACUAUUAUGGGGUGGCCGGUACAGUCUACUGCAUGUUGUUUGGGACCUACAUGCAAGUGCUGAACGAUGGAGGCAUUUGGAAAACCAGCGGGGUUUUCAGGCGAAAUCCUCACAGUGAUUUAUGGCAGGAGUUCUUCCACACACUGUUGAACGUCCCCGACUGCAGCUCCUUACCUGACCUGAGGCAGCUGCGGCACAAGCUUCUGUCUACACUGCAGCAGAACUACAGCUCCAAACUGCCUUCGCUGCAGAGCCGCCUCGUGGUGCUCCUCCUGGAGAGCAGCAGGAACCAGCGCAGAUUACCCUUUUCCCUUUAG